GUGUCAGCGUUCAGCUAUCCCUCGUGUGUUUUCCAAUUCUUGCACUGUUCAGCUGCCUCAAUCUCAGAGGACAUAAUAAUAAUCCACCGCUAUGAGUCGGACCACCUUUUUUGAGGUGAGAGUCCUGGAUGCCAAGACCAAAGAGCUGCUUUGUUUUUUAGACAAGGUGGAGCCCUACUCAACAAUUGGAGACAUCAAGAGUCUCUUUCACAAAUCACACCCUCACUGGUAUCCAGCAAGACAGGCCCUGAAGCUUGAUCCCAAGGAAAAAUCACUCAGAGAUGACGAAGUCUUACAGAGUCUACCUGUUGGGACCACUGCCACCAUGUACUUCAGAGAUCUUGGUCCACAGUUAGGUUGGACCAUGGUGUUUCUGGCAGAGUGUAUUGGGCCCCUUCUCACCUACCUCCUCUUCUAUUUUCGAGUGCCAUACAUUUACUCACACAAAUAUGCCUUCACCUCCAGUCCGCAUCCUGUUGUCGCACUAGCCUGUACCUGUCACACUUUCCACUAUAUGAAGAAAUUGAUAGAGACUAUCUUUGUGCAUCAUUUCUCCCAUGGGACCAUGCCUCUCAGGACAAUAGUCAGGAAUUGUGCCUAUUACUGGGGUUUCUCAGCUUGGUUGGCCUAUUAUAUCAACCACCCUCUUUAUACACCUCCAUCAUAUGGAGAACUACAAGUCAACUAUGCACUGGUGAUAUUUGUGAUAUGUGAACUGGGCAACUUCUCCAUUCACUUGGUUCUUAAUAAUCUCAGAGGAGAACGCAGAAGGUUUCCUAUGCCAACAAAGAACCCCUUCACAUGGCUUUUCUUCUUUGUAUCCUGUCCAAAUUACACAUAUGAGGUUGGAGCUUGGGUAAGCUUUUCCAUCAUGACCCAGUGCCUGCCAGUGGCAUUGUACACAUUACUGGGGUUCAUUCAGAUGACCAUAUGGGCCAAAGGGAAGCACAGAGCCUACAGCAGGGAGUUCAAGGACUACCCCAGCUUCCGGAUGGCCAUCAUCCCCCUAAUUCUCUAAGAACAUGAACUAUUGUAGCCUAUAAUGUGUGUAUAUUCACUCCCCACAAGUGUUUUUCACUAAAACAAAGAUGUCUGCUGUGGCUGAGGCCAGCACUAUGCAAGUUUGUUUGUAUAUCACUGAAGUGAAAUGAGAGCAAUAAUAUUCUGACGAUAUACUAGAGCAUUAAAAAUAGCUUUGGACAUUUUAAUCGUGUGUUAAGUUUCAACUAUAGGUUUUAGUUUCAUACUCGGAGUUUGAUAUGGCUUUUUGUGAAGUUAGCACAGACGGAUACAUCUUCAUUGUAUUCUCCCAGCAUUGUAAAUGGAUGUUUUUUAUAUCCAGGACUUGACUUCAGGUUGGAAAUGGCAUGUAAGCAUUUUCACAGCACUUUUUCAAACCAGUGAGUAGUUCUCGCUGCAAAUUCAGCUUGUUAGCCCACAGGUUGUGUCACCUCUUUUCAAUGAUGAAUGCUUACAGCACCAGAAGUUUUCAGGUUAAGUGAAAGAAAUAAAACAUACUCAAGGUUAUUAUAAAGUGCCUGUGGAAGCAGACUAGAAGACUGGAAUUAAAAAUGUCAUGGCAUAUAUUUGAGAGUGCAAAAUCACUUUUAAGCUCUCAUGGGAAAUGCU